UUUGGUGGUUCUGCCUGCUGUUCGUUCCCGGUCAACUAUGUGUUGCUUUGUUCGUCGAUUUUCGGGUGUGACCUUCGUUUGUUGUAUUCCAAUUCCUUGGUGUAGUGUCCUUAGAUCUUGAUUUUUGUCGAUUGAAGCUUUUCGGACGAGUUCUCGGUCAGAGUUAUGGUGGACAACCUCACAUAAUCAAAACAAAACGUUCCGGAACACCAAAGUCAUGUAAUAUUAAAUAUAUAUUUCUUAAAAUGUGCCACAUAUCUGAAUCCGUAAUUUAUUCGGUUUAUUUUCCCAAGUGCCAUGUUAUAUUAAGUAUUGCCAGCUCAUUUACCGCAAAUAUGCGUCAGGUAAUGCUACACUUACUGUUUUUUGAAAAUUAUUUCACUCGUGAUCAUGGUUUUUUUUAAACUUUAAUUAUACAUUUUUAUUUCAUAUAUGCGAUAUAACAAUAAUAACAUUGUGAAAUUUAACUGUUUUUAUAUACUAGUAGUUAUAAAACAUGUUUAAAAUUCCCAAACUGUUAAACACAAAUUACAAAUUGUUGCUAAUAUAAUCGUUUCUGCUCUCUAUUGCAUGCGAUCGAACUUCAGCACUUAAAAGAUGGCUGAAGAAGGCAUUGGUCGUGAAGGUCCAGGGGAGGACCAUCGACAGGUUCAUAGUGAAAAUGCCUCAUUAGAGAUCAGUGCUGUGAUGAACUGGCUGGGGUAUGGAUCGGAUAUCAGACAGGCUAGAAGAGACGCCUAUAGGGAGUCUGGCAGGCUGAGGACUAAAUGGUGGCAAGGUUUAGCACUUAUACUCGUUUCGGGUAGCAAGGGAGAGGGGCUGAGCUGCUACCUGGAAAGUGAUACAGAUGUUAUGAUGGUAAACAACACUGUAAUAUGUUUAGAAGAAAGUGUCAAGUCUUCAAAUUCCGUUCCCAGGGUGAUGACCGUGUUAAGAUCAUGCAGACGUGCGAGUUACCCCGGACACUGUCGAAUGUUUCUUGAGAGACGAGGUACAAUGAUCCCGUCGGGCGUGGAAAAUGCUUUGUGUGAUGAUGGAAAUGGUCGCGAAAUUUUCAGCAGUGACUUAUAUAUUAAUUCAACAUCAGACUUUAAAGUUCUAGGGGCGGCAAAACAUGAGCGUGCCGGACCGUCCAUUCCCGUUACAAUUAAAGGUGUUUUUCACGUGGACUUAGUACAUGCUCUGCGAUAUUUCUGUCCCAGCAUAUUGGAAAGAUGGGAAUCAAGACUCCGAUUUUGGCCGCCACCGGACGUUGUCCAGAAAGUUCAAUCACAAGGAGCAUUUUUAACUCCUGUCGGAUUUAAAGGCAGUGCAUGUAAAUAUAAUGAAUGGAGAAUGUGUUUUAACAUCGGAGAGAAGGAACUGGUAAACAAUCUAAAUGACACUCAAGUGAAACUGUAUGUUUUACUGAAAAUGGUGAUCAAAGAUGUAUUAAAACCAUGUCAUAAAGAGGUUACAUCGUACACGGUUAAAAACAUAGUAUUUUGGAUAGCGGAAAGAAACCCUAAUAUCUGGUUUAAUGAAAGAAGAUUGUUUUACUGGCUAUAUGAAGGAUUGGGUGCGCUAAAAGUUGCUCUAGCAACAAAAGAGCUAGCAUACUACAUGAUUCCAGAAAGAAAUCUUAUGGCGGCAUGUGGGUUGGAAUAUGAGCAACAGAGUUCAUGGAUAUCAACGAUUACGGACAUGAUCAAUGAAGGUCCAAAGUUGAUACUGAGAUUACCAAAGAUAAGACAAGCCCUUCUCCCUCAUCCGGAGCCAAUUCGAUGGUUUAGCGCUAGGAGAAUGGAACUGGAGAUGCUGGAGCUGAUGAUUGUGAAUAGAGGACUUUUCCUCAGAAACAAAAGACUUGCUGACGAGACAGAUAUUAUGCUGCAGGCAAUGAAAAUGCGUAAAUUCGAGAUUUGUAGAGAAGUUGUCAUGAGAAUGUCCAUGGAAGGGAGUCGAAAUAAUGUUGAGUCUGAUGUAUGGAAAAAUAUGCUGAAGUAAAACGAGUACAUUGAUAAACUAAAACGCUUCAUCUGGUUAAUCAUGUAUCAAUGUUUGAACAUUUUCUCCUUACUGUCAAAUAUACCAUUCAGCGACCCACCCGGGAUUACUGCACGCACAUGUUCAGGGUUCCCUCUGGGCUUUCAAAAGUUGUCGCCACUUACUUUCGCCAAAUUAAAAAAGUUGUCGCCACACUGGGGCAACAUUUGGGCAAUGAAGAUCAUGUUAUUAUAAUACCAAAAAAAAAUGAGCAUUUACAGUAUGUUAAAGGAAUUGAUUUAAUAACAGUAGUAUUUAUAAUAACAACACAUUUAAAAUUGUUCAUUAAAUAAAGGCACAUUCAAUCAGUUGUAACUCUUGUUGAUUGACACCUUCUUAGCAGCCUGAAUAUGUUGCUGCAGUAUUGGUGCUUCAUAAGCUCUAUGGUAUUCUGAAAAUACAAAAAGGGAGAUAUAAUAUUAAUAUUAAACUAAUAAUAAUCAAUUAAUGUGUAGUUUAUGAAUAAUAUAAAUGUGCUUAACUAUGUUUACCUUUCUUAAAACAGUAAUUUCGGUAGUGAGUGAAUUGAUAAGUGAUGAGGAUAUAAAGAGUUCAUACAGCAUAGAUUGUGUGUUGGAAAUCAUAUUGAAGGAAAUAAAAUUCUGAUAAACAACUGUCUUUGUUUGGUUUUUGUUUGUUAGCUGGUGAAUGUUAGGGAGGGGAACGUUUGCAUUUUGAAUGAGUCUCAAAAUUAGCAGAAUCUAAUGUUCACUUUUUAAAAGUCGUUUUACACUCUGAACUUGCCAUUUUGACGAGUGAAACAGAAAUAUGUCACCGUUUAAAUAGAACCAAUACAUGUAAAAUGUUUUACUAUUUUCUAUAAUUACACCCGAUUUUUCUAAAAACAAUCGAUUCUUACCUUUUUGAUUGUCAUUGUUGUC